AUGCGUGAGAUUGUUCACAUUCAAGCCGGUCAAUGUGGUAACCAAAUUGGUGCCAAGUUUUGGGAAGUCAUUUCCGAUGAACAUGGAAUCGAUCCAACUGGAGCCUACAACGGAGAUUCAGAUCUUCAAUUGGAGAGAAUCAAUGUGUACUACAAUGAGGCUAGCGGUGGCAAAUAUGUGCCAAGAGCUUGUUUGGUGGAUUUGGAGCCGGGAACUAUGGAUUCAGUUCGGGCUGGACCUUUCGGACAAUUGUUUAGACCAGAUAAUUUUGUUUUUGGGCAAAGUGGAGCUGGUAACAAUUGGGCGAAAGGACAUUAUACCGAAGGAGCUGAAUUGGUUGAUAAUGUUUUGGAUGUGGUUAGAAAGGAGGCGGAGAGUUGCGAUUGUCUUCAGGUUGGUAGGAAACACAUGAGACACGUGCUGGAAAAAAUCUGGAAAAUCAAAUUCCGCUUUCCAAGCCCAGAAUCAAAAUUAUUCCAAUUCUCAAAACCAAAUUUUUCAUACUCAUGAGUGAGCUCACUUAUAGUAACUAGGUUUAAAUGUAGUCGUGAGAUUUAGCUUCAAAAAUUCUGGAAGUUUUUUUAAAGAGCUCCGAAUUCUUUUAAGACAAAAGUCAGUAUUAGAAAGAUCCAUAAAUCAAGCAUCAUAACCUUAUUUUACAAAAUCACAUCCCAGAUUCCAUCAAUUUUCUGAAAAUGCUUCCAAAUCUAGAAAAAAAAAUAUAUUUCCACCUUAUACCAACACCUUUCGCUUCAACGCGCACCCUUUCCGGUUAACACGCACCUGUUGCUCCGGAAGCGCCACACACAUGUUUUCAGAAAUACACAGGACUAAUAAUAAUAGGAAUUUUGAAAACAAAAAUUUCCAGGGUUUCCAAAUGACUCACUCAUUGGGUGGUGGUACCGGAUCAGGUAUGGGAACAUUGCUCAUCUCAAAAAUCCGUGAAGAAUAUCCGGAUCGUAUAAUGACGACCUUCUCCGUUGUUCCAAGUCCAAAAGUUUCUGACACCGUAGUUGAACCUUACAAUGCAACACUUUCCGUUCAUCAACUUGUUGAGAAUACCGAUGAAACUUUCUGUAUUGACAAUGAAGCGUUGUAUGAUAUCUGCUUCAGAACUUUGAAAUUGACAACACCAACCUAUGGAGAUUUGAAUCAUUUGGUUUCAAUGACAAUGAGUGGAGUUACAACUUGUUUGAGAUUCCCCGGACAGGUUGGAUUAUUUGAAAUUCUUCAAAGUACACAGUUAAUAAUUUUGUAGCUCAACGCUGAUCUUCGUAAACUUGCUGUCAAUAUGGUUCCAUUCCCACGUCUUCAUUUCUUUAUGCCUGGAUUUGCUCCACUAACAUCUCGCGGUUCACAACAAUACCGCUCGCUAACAGUUCCAGAACUCACUCAACAAAUGUUUGACGCCAAAAAUAUGAUGGCUGCUUGUGACCCGAGACACGGAAGAUAUUUGACUGUUGCCGCCAUGUUCCGUGGAAGAAUGAGCAUGAAAGAAGUUGAUGAGCAAAUGUUGAACGUGCAAAAUAAGAACUCGUCAUAUUUUGUUGAGUGGAUUCCAAAUAAUGUCAAGACUGCGGUUUGUGAUAUUCCACCGAGAGGUGUUAAAAUGGCGGCGACUUUUGUUGGAAACUCGACUGCUAUUCAGGAGUUGUUCAAGAGAAUCAGUGAACAAUUUACAGGUAUUUUUUGUAGUUUUGACCAGGAAUUCCAAUUUUCACGGCAACUGUAAAUAAAUUAAUUGAAACAUUUAUGGAUUUCUAGAAAAUUUUCAAACAAUUCUGGAUGAUCAAAAAUAUUUCUUAUUUCAAAGAUCAUCUAAAUACCCUCAAACAUUUGUGUUUCCAGCAAUGUUCCGCCGAAAAGCUUUCCUCCAUUGGUACACCGGAGAAGGUAUGGACGAAAUGGAGUUCACUGAAGCGGAAAGCAAUAUGAACGAUUUGGUCUCCGAAUAUCAACAAUAUCAAGAAGCGACUGCUGAUGACGAAGGAGAGUUUGAUGAACACGAUCAAGAUGUUGAAUAA